AUGCUUCGCCGUGCCAUCUUACCCUUGACGAGGCCAAGCGGUCUCGUCUCCGCCCCUCGCCUAUCAGCUAUCCCUGUUUCACAUUCGCGAUGCUACGCGAAGGCCUCCAAGCCCAAGACUCCCUACAAGCUCCCCGAAUCUGUCAAGUCCUCGAAGCCUGAACAACCCGCCAAGGCCUCUGAACAGGAGCAAUAUGCCGCGGAACAGGCGGAGUUUGAAACGACACCAGACCCUAAAGCCAACACCGCAAACACUACAUCACAAGCCCCCGGCUCACCGGAAUCAUCUCCUACACCACCGGAACAAGAUGCGCCUCGGAGACCGCUCCCCGACCUUACACAGGGUAUCCCUUCCACCCUCGCCGCUGAACUGGAGGCUCGCUCUAAAAAAGGUGGCUCCGGAUCAUUGAACCUUACCGAAGACCCCUCCCGAUUCGAGGAAGAUUACAACGAUGACGGCCGUGGUGAUAUCCCCAAGGGCGGCUACGAGUCGUCUCUUGACCGCAAGCGAGCCCGUAUGGCUAAGCUGAUGUACGCACUUUUCUUGCUGGGAAGUGCUGGUGGCAUGGCAUACUUCGGACGAAACUGGGAUACCGCCGAGGAGGAGAACGCCCAUCCUGAAGCCCCAUCAGGCUGGGGCUUCGGACUUUGGUACAACCGUAUUAAAGCUCGAUCGGGCGACAUCACAAGCUACUACAAAGAUCCUGCCUUCCCAAAGUUGCUUCCCGAUGAAGACCCCAACCUUCGCCAACCCUACACACUAGUCUUGAGUCUGGAGGAUCUGCUUGUUCACAGCGAGUGGAGCCGUGAGCAUGGAUGGCGCGUUGCCAAACGACCUGGAGUCGAUUACUUCCUUCGCUAUCUCAAUCAAUACUACGAACUUGUCCUCUUCACCAGUGUGCCUAGCAUGAUGGCCGAUCAGGUACUCCGCAAGCUCGACCCCUACCGUAUCAUCCGUUGGCCAUUGUUCAGGGAAGCUACCAGGUACAAGGACGGCGAAUACAUCAAGGAUCUCUCCUACCUCAACCGUGACCUCUCCAAGGUCAUUUUAAUUGACACUAAGGAUGAGCACGCCCGUCUACAGCCUGAGAACGCUAUUAUCCUCGACAAGUGGAAUGGGAACCCCAAGGAUAAGACUCUCGUUGCUCUGAUCCCUUUCCUUGAAUACAUCGCAGGUAUGGGCGUGGAUGACGUGCGCACAGUCCUCAAGUCCUUUGAAGGUCAACCAAUCCCUAUUGAGUUUGCCAAGCGCGAGAAGGCCAUGCGCGAGCGUUUUGAGAAGGAGCUUGCCGAGGAGCAAAAGAAACGCCCCAGGAGUGGCGUUGGUAGCUUGGCCUCAGCGCUUGGUCUGAAGUCAUCUACUCGCACCCUGGAUGGUGAACAAUCACCUUCCGCGGGUUUGCAGGAGGGCAAGAUGCUCUGGGACCAGAUUCGCGAGCGUGGGCAGAAGAACUACGAGAUGAUUGAAAAGGAGAUCCGCGAGAACGGAGAAAAAUGGCUGGCUGAAAUGGCUGCCGAGGAGGAGAAGCUUCGCCAGGAGCAGAUGGAAAGCAUGAAGGGCUCGUUGACUGGCUUCCUCGGCGGUAGCAAGAAGGAGUAA